AUGGAACUUGGACGAUCCACUUCCGUUCAUAGGUUCUCUGUAUUUAAAGUUCUUUCAAUUAUGACAUCAGACUUCAACUGUCCAUUCUGGUUCGAAGGAGAGAACUUCAAAUGGUGGAAGCAGAAGAUGUUUUUUCUUACUGUAAAAAAGGUUGCCAACGCUUAUACCACGGAUAAGCCAACCGUCCCGAUAGAAGAUCCAACUGAACAACAGAUAAAAGAAGCUACUGACUGUGAGGAGAAAGACUUUUUAUUCAAGAAUUUUAUACUAAAUGGUUUGAUUGAUCUGUAUGACUAUUACAACAUAAUAAAGACUGCAAAGGAAAUUUGGAAUGCCCUACAAAAGAAGUAUGACACCGAGGAGGCUGGGUCAAAGAAAUAUACUAUCAGUUGUUACCUUAAGUUCCAGAUGACAGAUGAUAAAUCUAUGAAGGCCCAGUCCCAUGAACUGCAGAAGAUAGCCCAUGAGAUAAUUACUGAAGGUAUGCUUAUAGACGAACAAUUUCAAGUUCUUGUUAUUAUUGAUAAACUGUUCCCAUUGUGGAAAGACUUUAAGAACACAUUGAGGCAUAAGACCAAGGAGUUUUCCUUGGAGAGUCUUAUCACCCAACUAAGGAUUGAGGAAGAAGUCCGGAAGCAGGACUAG